AUGGCGGCGUCACGACUCCGCGAAGCAACGAAAGACCUGCCGUCCGAUCCGAAAGAGCGCAAAGAACUCUACAACGCCGCCCGAGAUCUCAUGCUCAAGACCGAAUCACCGCGGGACACACAUCAUCGUCUCCUGAUUUCCUGGACUCGUCCGAUGAUACAGAUAGGUAUCGACCUGGGGAUCUUCCGGGUCCUCGCGUACGACCCAAGCCGCUCAUGGAGCAUUGACGAACUUUCUUCUAGGACCGGUGCGGAGGCAACCUUGCUCCAGCGAGUGAUGAGAGCACUGGCAGCGCAUGGAACCUUGACGCAGACUUCGCCUUCAACAUAUGCUGCGACUAACAUCACUGUGACGCUCGCACAUGAGAAUGCUAGGAAGCAAAGUUCAUGCCAAAUCGGAUUCUGUGGUCCUUUCGUGCAUGCUUUGCCACGGCAGCUUGCGAGAACGGGCUAUCGCAACCCGUGCGAUGUUAACGAUUCUGCGUUCCAGCUGGGCUAUGGGACAAGUCUUACGCCGUAUCUAUGGCUGCAGGAGAAUCCGGAGACCGCGAAAUUGUUCUUCGACAUGAUGCCGAUCCAGAGAGCCGGGCAGGUAUGCUGGACGCAGCAGCGGGAGUUAGUUCAACCUCUGCUAGAGAAGCAUUUCACUCUCAGUACGGAUGAUAUAACCAAGGGGAGGGCUUUACUUGUUGACAUCGGGAGCGGCGCCGGACAUCAAAGCAUCGCGAUACGGGAGAACUUGCCAGAGCUCAAGGGGAGGAUAGUCCUGCAAGACAUGGAGUUCUCGACGACCCCAGCAUCGAAGGAUCCAAGAAUCCUGGCCAACGAUAUCGAAGUCUUGACGCAUGACUUCACUUUACCACAGCCUAGUGCGACUCGUGGCGCCAAGGUCUACUAUCUUCGCAGCGUGCUACAUAAUUGGGAUAACGAGGCCUGCAUGCCUAUUCUAACCCACGUGCGGGAUGCUUUGGCGGAGGAUUCGGUGCUCGUUAUUGACGAGAUGGUGGUAUCUGAGAUGAAUGCGAGUGCGAUUACGGCCAACUACGACACCAUCAUGAUGGGAUUUGCAACUCAGCAGCGGACGAAGGCAGAGUGGGAGACGUUGUUGCGGAGAGCAGGUUUACGCAUUCGUGAGACGCUAUGUUAUGAUGAGGAGAGCUGCGACUGCUUGAUGGUUGUCGAGAGGCGAGCAUCACUCUCAGGUGGUGAGCAUCGAGACUCUGUGGUCGAGUAG